AUGGUCAGAUCGUCGACUCUCAAACAUGUCCGCGACUUCUCUGCUUGGUCUCCCGCCGCGACGGCAAUUCAGUACCAGUCGGUCAAAUACAACAUCUCGACGAAAGGAAAUCGGUUUGUCGGCGCCGGUCCGAAGGUCGACCAAGCCUGGCGCGAAAUUUCCUACGAUAUGGGUGAUCAAUGGAUCUCCAAAGCCGAUAUUCGGAAACUCGGCAUGCCCGAGACCUCGCUGAAGGUCCAUCACCCUCAGACGGGCGAGGAUGGAUAUCGUGUGGGCAUGGAGGCUUUCCACCAGCUUCACUGCAUUAAUUUGUUGCGAAGGGUCACGUACAAGGAAUACUACGAACCCUUGGGCGGGGAGUUUGGCAAGGGCCCGGAGGAAUUGCAGAAACAUACAGAUCACUGUAUUGAGGUUCUCCGCCUCAACACACAGUGCAAUGCCGACAUCGGUCUGUUUACAUUCUACAUGAUUGACGGAGAUCCUCUGGCCUGGCCGGAACUCAAUUCAAACCACGUCUGCCGGAAUUUCGACCGAGUUCGACAAUGGGCGACUGAGCACUCGGUCGGAAACAUGGAAAUCUUGUCGAGUUGA